CAAUGUUAGUUACUUUUGUGAUUUUGUUUGGUUUAAAUUAUUUCACUGUUUAUUGCGGUUAUCCACCGUCCGGGGAUGAAGUUAUACCCGGUAGUGUGUUGCUGCCAGCAACCCGUCGUGGGAGAUACCUCGCUAACAUCGUGAGGAGACAGGCCGUGGAUGGAACGGGUAUAAAGUUCAACAAAGAUGCCGAUAGAAUAAAUGCAGAAUCUAAGAAAAAAGUAGACGUUCUUUCUGAAGAACUAUUGCCGUAUAUAAUUGCGGAACAAGAGCGUAGAACUACGUUGUAUAAACGGAUAAUGACGGCAAUACAAAACGGAGAGAAAGGUGUUACCAUCGCAGAAAUUAGGAAUAAACCACCACUUAUUAUUAGGAAGGGUCUACUAUACCGCUGUCCAUCGAACCGCGCGCCAAAAGAACCAGACGGUUCCGGCAUUCUGAUGUGCGAAGACGACAUAGAACCAAGCCAAGUGAUGUACGACUCGUGUUUGAGCGCAGAGGAUAAAGAGCUUUAUGUCGCUGAAACUAAGUACUUCUUUUGCAAUCGGCACAAGAUAGAAGGGCCCGAUUUACCCCGCAACGGGUCCACGGUUAUCGGCUGUGCUCCCAUCGAAAGAACGUCACUCAACUACACCAGUCAGAAAUGUGCCUUAGAAGACACGGAUGAUGUCGUGGUUCAUUAUAGAUAUUAUCCGGAUAGAACGUACAAAUUCGUCACAGAACUGGAUCCAGACAGAGAAGUGUGUGACCAUUGGAAUCCGUGUCAAAUAGGCUACAUUUACAGCCUACCAUCUCCCGACCAGGCGUUGCUUGCUAGUGAACUGUGGCAUAAUUAUGAGGACAGUCUUGAAGAAUUCGUAUCUCCUCUAUCGCUGGAAUAUUCCACGAGCCCACGUAAAGUUCCGAUUCCGGACGGGUUCCAAUUGGUAGGCGUUAAGAGGAAACGGCCCCAUAAUAGUCAGUUGGAAAACCUCGAUGACAUAUCCAGCACGUCAUACACGACCCAGUACUCGCCAGACAAGAAGUCUGUCACAAUAACCAUAACGUUCUCACCCUGGUCGAAAUCCAGAGAUUAUGCGGAAUAUUACGCACAUUUCGUACAGAAUAGUACUAGGCGGAGUGGCAAGGAGAAAUAUAUUAAAUUGGUUGUUUUAUUGGGAAGCAUGACAACUAUAUCCUACCGAUCCAUAGAGUUACUACAAGGACAGAGAGCUAACACCACGGCAAUUUCCUUCAAAUGUAACCGAUGUAGAUUGCUAAAUGUAAUAAUAAGGGCUUCAGACGGGAAUAUAUAUAACUUAGAUAGUUCUAGGUAUAGAAUGAGGGAGUAUAGGGAUAAGGAAGGAAAAUUAAAGCAGAGUCUAGAAAUAGAAGUGGAGGGGAUGAAACCACAAGACUUUGGCGAUUACUUCGCUGUGAUACAAAAUGGCGAAGGGCUUGAGGAAAGAGUCAAAGUUUUAAGUGUUUUGAGUAAGUAACAUGAUAAUCAAGAAACUACUUAUAUUGGAAACUCUUGUUUAAUAGAAAAAGAUUGGAAACAACUCUGUAUAUUUACUGAAUAAUAAUAA